AUGAGAGAGAGAGAGAAUGACAAGUUUAUUUCUUGUUCUUUUGUUCGUUGUACUCGCUCUGUUGGUCUUUAUGAUUUGGAGACGUUAUUCACUUCCAGUUCUUCCCAAGAACUUCCCAAGCCACGACAGUCUACCCGUCCAAGAAUUUGUAGUCGACGUGGAAGCUCUGGAGGAAUAUAUCUAAAGAAGAGAGAGAGAUGGGUUUUUUGUGUGUUGCACUCNUCAUGUACGAAGCCGAAGAAGAGGUUCCUCCAGAGUGAAGCCGGAGCAUUUGUUGUUGACAUUGAACGUCUUGAGGAGUAUUUAAAAAGCAAGAAGAUGGAGUAA